ACCACAAAUCAUAAUCCUCUCUCCCCUUCCUCGCGUGGAGACUGCACGACAAUGGAGUCAUCUUCGCUUCUUCUCCCAGGUUUCUACCAAAUCGUGCUCUUCCUCGAAUUCAAGAAAAAGACAACGCCCUUCCCCGUCGUUUUCCUGGUGGCUUCACCGCUUGCCCUUUAGAAUCGGGUCGAUUAGAGUAAGCUUGGAAUCUCUGUGUCGAUUGGUUGUUUUAAUGAUGCUGCUUCUUUGAGUCAUCAAGAACUGCCUGACAGAAGAAAAUGAUAUCACAAAGGGAUGUGUUUGAGAUAUCAGGACCCGUACAUCUGACCUCUAUAAAUUGGAAUUGCCCUCAUCAUCAACGCUCUGUUGCAGCCAGUUUGGUUCAAGGUGCGUAUGUCCUGGAACGCGAUCGACAGCUGAACCGUCAAGAGGCUUGUGCUCCUCCCUGGUGGGAGAGGUUCCAUUUUGAAGUCACCAGAAAGCUAAUUGACGAUGCUGAUCUCUCCAUCUUCGGCGCCAUUUACAAAUUCAAGCCUCCAACAAAUUCCCAUGGCUCCACAGUUCCUAAUCCUCCUAAAUUUGUCAUUGUAUUCAGAGGUACCGUCACUAAGAAAGAAUCUUUAUCUCGUGAUCUUAAGUUGGAUCUGCAAGUACUAAAAAAUCAUCUCCAUCAAACAUCGCGGUUUAUGAUCGCAAUGCAAGCUGUUCGUAGCUUAGUUGCAGCUUUCGGACAUCAACAUGUAUGGCUUGCUGGGCAUUCUCUAGGAGCAGCCAUGGCAACACUGGCCGGAAAAACCAUGGCCAAGGAGGGCAUGCACCUUAAGGCUUUCCUCUUUAACCCACCAUUCUUCUCGGCACCAAUAGAGAGGAUCAAAAACUGGAAGGUCAAGCAUGGUAUUCGCAUUGCGGGAAGCGUUGUAACUGCAGGGCUCGCAUUGGCACUGAAGGGCCCCAAUCACAAAUGCAAUUCCUUCACCAUGUUGUCAGCCUGGGUGCCAUGUCUAUUUGUCAACAAGUCCGACGACAUCUGUUCGGAAUAUAUUGGCUACUUCGAGCACCGUAAGAAGAUGGAAGAAAUCGGAGCAGGAAAUAUAGAGAAGCUGGCAACGAAGAACUCUAUGAAAGAUUUGUUUCUCAGUGCUUUCGGAGUGGAGUCGGAGUCAUUGCAUCUUCUGCCAUCGGCAAAUAUGACUGUGAAUUCAAGUCCUUCUCCUGAUUUCAAGAGUGCUCAUGGAAUACAUCAAUGGUGGAAGUCAGAUUUAGAUUGUCAAACAAAGGUGUAUCUGUACGAGUAAAACUACAGCAUUUGAGUGUGGUAGUGGAGUUUAAUCUUCAUCACUGGAAUGGUGAUUCAAUACUGUAUGUAAUUUGGAGUAGCAUGUGAAUUUAACUGCUCACAAUUGUUUUAGGCAACAACAAUAGAUUCGAUAUUGUGGUUCUAUGUUUUUUUAUAAGUAAAACUUAAUAAUGCAUUAGGAGAAA